UGUCUCCUGCCGGACUUGUGGGAGGGGCCGGCACGCGGAGGCCCACAGCCCGUCUCUUCCGCAGACCACCGCCACUCCUCCCAUCACAUCCAUCACCCGCUUUCCAGUCACCUGCCCUCUGAUGCCCGGCGAAAAAAGGGGGCACCCAAGAAAAGCAAGAAGAAAAGGCCCCGGGCCUCGGUUGCUGGGGAGACGCCCACCAUCGAGGAAGAGGCUGAAGGGGGGGAGGAAGAAGAGGGUGAGGAUGACACCUGUGACACGGAGACAGAGCCCACCCCGGAGGACGGGCUUCAGAGCAGCUCUCCAGAGGGUGUGCAGUUCUUUUUGCAAGAGGACGAUGUUGAUCGGCAGACCCUGCUCUCGGGAGAGCGAGACCCGGCGCUGCUCUCAGGCCCAAGGGCUGACUCUGGGUGCCCCCGGGUUUUGGGGGGAACCAAGGCAAGCAGCUCAGACCUCGAGGACCCGGGGGGUGCCGGUGUGGCUGAGGGCAGUUCCCCCCCAGGACGCCCACUCUCCAAAUCGCAGCCAGGCCAUCGCAGCUACAACCUGAACGAGCGUCGCCGCAUCGGCAGCAUGACUGGCAUGGAGCAAGCGAGGUACCAGAAGGUGCCCACGGAUGAGUCGGAGGCGCUGACCUUGGCCUCAGCAGACCUGGAUUACAUGAAGAGCCACAGGUUUGAGGACGUGCCAGGAGUGCGCAGGCACCUGGUCCGGAAGAGCACUAAAGGACAAGUGGUGCACCUUGGCAGAGACCGCCAGGAGGCCAGUGCCCGGCUACGCAAGCAGGACCGGACGCCUCACGAGGUCUUCGUGGAGCUGAACGAACUCAUCGUGGACAAGAACCAGGAGAUGCAGUGGAGGGAGACGGCGCGCUGGAUCAAGUUUGAGGAGGACGUGGAGGAGGAGACCGAUCGCUGGGGCAAGCCCCACGUGGCCUCCCUCUCCUUCCGAAGCCUGCUGGAAUUGCGCAGGACCCUCUCCCAUGGGGCUGUCCUUCUCGACCUGGAUCAGAAGACGCUGCCAGGAGUGGCCCACCAAGUGGUGGAGCAGAUGAUCAUUUCUGACCAGAUUCGUGCCGAGGAUCGUGCCAACGUGCUGCGGGCACUGUUGCUUAAGCAUAGCCACCCCUCGGAUGAGAAGGAGUUCUCCUUCCCUCGCAAUAUCUCAGCUGGGUCGCUCGGCUCUCUGCUGGGCCACCAUCAUAGUGCCAACCACGUUGGAGAAUGCACAGAGCCCACUGUCACUGAUCCACUCAUUGGCCAUGUGGGUGAGCAUGAGACACGGGUGGACAUUGAAAAGGAGAAGGAGAUCCUGUCCCCUAUCCUGCCUGGCACCAUCACACGCUCCAAGUCUAAGCACGAGCUGAAAUUGCUGGAGAAGAUCCCAGACAAUGCAGAGGCCACCGUGGUGCUUGUGGGCUGCGUGGAAUUCCUGGACCAGCCCACCAUGGCCUUCGUGCGGCUGCAGGAAGCCGCCCAGCUGGAGGCUGUCCUGGAGGUUCCUGUUCCGGUGCGCUUCCUUUUCGUGCUACUGGGCCCAAGCAGCGCCAACAUGGAUUACCAUGAGAUCGGGCGCUCCAUUUCCACCCUCAUGUCUGACAAGCAAUUCCACGAGGCGGCUUACUUGGCUGAUGAUCGGCACGACCUGCUCAACGCCAUCAACGAGUUCCUGGACUGCAGUGUGGUCCUGCCCCCCUCCGAAGUGCAGGGGGAGGAGCUGCUGCGGAGCGUGGCGCACUUCCAGCGGGAAAUGCUACGCCGGAGGGAGGAGCAGGAGCGCCGCCUGCUAGCAGGGGCCCCUGUGGAGCCCAAAUCGCCAGAGGAGAAAGCACUGCUGAAGCUGAAGGUGGAGGAGGAGGAAGAGGAGGCAGAGGCUGACCCUCUUCAACGCACCGGCCGCCCCUUUGGGGGUCUGAUCCGGGAUGUCCGUCGGCGUUACCCGAAGUAUCUCAGCGAUUUCCGGGACGCCCUGGACCCCCAGUGCCUGGCGGCUGUCAUUUUCAUCUACUUCGCUGCCCUCUCGCCUGCCAUCACCUUUGGGGGUCUGCUGGGCGAGAAGACCGAGGGGCUGAUUGGCGUCUCGGAGCUCAUCGUCUCCACCGCCGUGCAGGGCGUCCUCUUCUGCCUCCUGGGGGCUCAGCCGCUGCUGGUCAUCGGCUUCUCGGGGCCCCCUGUUUUCGAGGAAGCCUUUUUCACGUUCUGCACGUCGCAUGGCCUGGAGUACCUGGUAGGCCGUGCCUGGAUCGGCUUUUGGCUCAUACUGAUUGUGCUGACUAUCGUGGCCUUUGAGGGCAGCUUCCUGGUGCGCUUCGUCUCCCGCUUCACCCAGGAGAUCUUCGCCUUCCUCAUCUCCCUCAUCUUCAUCUACGAGACCUUCUUUAAGCUGAUCAAGAUCUUCCAGGAGCAUCCUCUGCACGGCUGCCACGGCAGGAACAGCACCAGCAGCCGCCUGGCCGAGACCAGCGUUCUGGGAGCAGAGAACGGGACAGUGAGCCGCGGUUCUUCUGACAUGACCGGCCAGCCCAACACGGCGCUCCUCUCGUUGGUGCUCAUGGCCGGAACGUUUUUCAUUGCUUUCUUCCUGAGGAAGUUUAAGAACAGCCGCUUCUUUCCCGGGCGGGUCCGGCGGGUGAUCGGUGACUUUGGGGUGCCCAUUGCCAUCCUCAUCAUGGUGCUGGUGGAUUCCAGCAUCCAGGAUACUUACACUCAGAAACUUUCAGUGCCUCGCGGCUUCUCAGUCACAGACCCCAGCAAGCGGGGCUGGGUGGUGAACCCUCUGGGCAGCAGCCAGGCGUUCCCGGUGUGGAUGAUGGUGGCCAGCGUGCUCCCGGCAGUCCUUGUCUUCAUCCUCAUCUUCAUGGAGACACAAAUCACCACGCUGAUCAUCAGCAAGAAGGAGCGGAAACUGCAGAAGGGCUCCGGCUUCCACCUGGACCUCCUGCUCAUCGUCGCGAUGGGCGGCUUCUGUGCCCUUUUCGGGUUGCCUUGGCUGGCAGCCGCCACGGUGCGCUCCGUCACGCACGCCAAUGCGCUGACCGUCAUGAGCAAGGCCGUGGCCCCGGGGGACAAGCCCAAAAUCCAGGAGGUGAAGGAGCAGCGGGUCACCGGGCUGCUCGUGGCCAUCCUUGUGGGCUUGUCCAUCGUGAUCGGGGACCUGCUGCGCAGGAUCCCCCUGGCAGUGCUGUUUGGCAUUUUCCUCUACAUGGGAGUCACCUCGCUGAAUGGGAUCCAGUUCUACGAGCGCCUGCACCUGCUGCUGAUGCCCCCCAAGCAUCACCCCGACGUGCCCUACGUCAAGAAGGUGCGAACGGCGCGCAUGCACCUCUUCACGCUCUUGCAGCUGGCCUGCCUGGCCGUGCUCUGGGCUGUCAUGUCCACCGUCGCCUCGCUGGCCUUCCCGUUCAUCCUCAUCCUCACAGUGCCGCUCCGGUUGUGCCUGCUCGGUCGCAUCUUCACAGAGCGAGAGAUGAAGUGUCUGGACGCAGCAGAGGCAGAGCCCAUCCUGGAUGAGAGAGAAGGCGUGGACGAGUACAACGAGAUGCCGAUGCCGGUGUGACACAGAAGGCUGAGAGCUGGGGGGCCUCCCCUCCCCUCCCCUCCCCUCACCCCAGUGCCUUUGCGUGUCAGUAUGGGAGGAGGGGCUGGCCCUGACGCCCCCCCU